AUAGAGGCUGGUGGUACUCAGGACUUCAGUAGAUUCGAGGUUGCUUAGUGAGAACAAGGUUACGGUCUCUAAACAUCCUCAAUAUAAACACACAGUGUACAGUUUGCAGUGAAUGUACUGUACUGCAGAAUACAGUGAAUUGUACCGUACAGUUUCAAUAUGACGCACCUACUAGGUCCAGUUGAAUAUCGGUGUCAUAGUCCAGAGGAUAUUUCGGGGGCCUCUACUGAGAUAAUAUUCAUACAGGAACCUAGAAAACGUCGAGGAGUUUUUAAACGACAAGACGAGAUGAGGACAAGAUCCCACUCUGCAGAUAGAUUAUUAGAAGACGACAUUGAUAUGAGACUUCAACUCACUCCCUUAGUAACACAAGUGACCGGGUUGGACAGCCAGGGGUCAUCAAUAGAAACCAGGUCGCGUUCAACCCUAGACACCUCCAGGGCUAAAACAUCAAGAAACCGGUUUUCAGCACACAACAACAACUACAACAACAACUUUAACAGAUCUCUAAAUUGUGAUACCCUGAAAGUUUCUCGUCAAAGCAGUUCCAUUAGCAGACAGGAUAGCUCCACCAGUCGUCAAAACAGCCUGUCAAGUAGAUAUGAGAAUUCGUUUAGUCGGCAGAACAGUAGCAGGCUAGAUAGUCGUCAGGAGAGUGUUUCCCGCCAAAACAGCUGUGUCGAGGAAAGUCCUGUGCUGAGGUCAUCUUUGCUUCCAGAAAAAGCAUGGCGGCAUACUUCUCAGGCAAAACUCUGGGGACACAGACGUUCUUACUCGGGUUCGGUAUGGGAUUCUCAAAAUGAUAAACCUAGUAUCAAGACCAUUUACGCACAUAUGCGUCACUCAACUGAUAUCCUGAGCACACUGGAGACUGCUAAACCUACAAAAUCAAGAAUAGAUCUAAUUGAAGAACAUUUACAUUUGGGAAAUAUUGAUGCCGCUACGGAUGUUUUAACUCUUCAAUCCCAUGAUAUUACUCAUAUAGUCACCAUUAUCCCCCUGCCUAGAAAAAUAAGUUCCUUGCUACCCAGAAUAUCCUAUAUACAUAUACAGGUUACAGAUAUCCCAAGUGAAGAUCUGUUUUCUCACUUUUCACGAGCUAUUAAGUUUAUUGAAGAGGGCAUGCAGACAGGAAAUGUUUUGGUUCAUUGCUUCUAUGGAAAAUCUAGAUCAGCAAGCAUAAUUUGCGCAUUCAUCAUGCAGAAGUACAGGAUUGGUUUUGACCAGGCACUUGAAUUUGUUAGGUCUAAAAGAAGCCUGGUGAACCCUAACCCUGGGUUUAAGGCCCAACUACGUCUCUGGGAAUUCUUGAAAUAUAAAAUAGAUACGAACAGUGUUAGGUAUAAAAUGUAUAGAACGCACAUAGUAAGUGAACAAAUGAGAAAAGCAAAGAUCUUAUCCCGAGAAGUGCUCCUACCUAUUCUAGAAAAUCCAGAUAUUCGAGAUGACCCCUCAGUGCUUUAUGCUUGCAAACAGUGCAGAAAACCUCUUGCAACAAGUUUACAUCAAUUACCUCAUUUACCAGGGGAGAACCCUCACUGGUAUAACCCUUUAUCUAAAGAAAAAAGGGGAAAGUACUGCUCUAAGUCUGUUUACGUAUCCCCCCUGGAUUGGAUGUGUGAAAGUAUUAGAAGUACAUUAUCUGGUAAACUGUACUGUCAGUAUUGCAAUUCCAGGAUAGGGCAGUACAGUUGGGUUCUAGGAUUGGACUGUACAUGUGGUGCUAGUGUUUCUCCAGCUUUUAAACUUGAUAUGACCGCCAUUACAUUCAACACACCUGAUAAACAUCUACAGAAUAUCCCGCGGCAACCUGUGUUGGUCUGACUAACCCUUGCCUUGGCUCUUCUUCAGCAAUCACACACUCAACACACGCUCAGAAAUAAAAUCAAGCAUUAGAGUUUUCAAUCUUAGAGAUCAAAGAUGGCAUUUAUAGCGCUGGGCGACGUUAUCGCAGCAUGGAUAGCUUUUUUUCUGAUUAAAGGGACUGUAAGCUUAAGUAUGAAUUAGAUAUCAAUAUUUUUAAUUUUGAAAACUGAUCAUUUCAAUAGUUGGUUCUAAGUGACUUGCAUUUUUACCUGAGAAAAGCAUAAAGGAAAUACCGGAACUAAACACACGUUUCAAGCUUUUCCACAUUAUUGAUCAGGAAAAGGACCAAGGUUUCAAUUUUGAAUCAAGCAUCAAAUGCCAUCUUUUCAUGGAGGGUCAAUUGACAUUUUCCUUACAUCCCUUUAACGAACUGGAUAUCCCAUUAACUGCUUGAGGUGAUCAAUGUUUCAUUGACAAUGUUUUGAAAAAUAAAGGAUGCUCAUGUCAAUAGACGAAUAGAAUAAGUUAAAAACAAAUGGUUACAUAAAUCACUAAUCCGUAACAUAAAUUUCAAUUAACUCUAAUGUAAUAACGGAUAGGAAAAAAGUUAAUGACCGGCCCCAGCCCUUCUGACUGCUCUAAAUGUUAUCUAUAGAAAGUUAUUGCAAGAAAGCCAAGGCACAGAAUAAUUUUGUUUUUUAAAUAAAUAGAAAUUGUUAAAAGAAAUUGAA